AUGUCAGAAGAAACAGCAAUAACAUCAGUUGAUCAAUUACCUAUAAUUCCUGAAACACAAAUUAUUGAACCAAUUAUUCAAUGUGGUGUUUUGUAUUUGGGUACAGCACCUCCAACUCCUGGUCAUCGUGGUCUUGAUUCAAUUCAAGAACCAUUUUCACGUCGAUAUCCUGUUGAUGGAACAAAUACAGUUCGAGGUAUUGAUGCUGUACUUUCUAUUUAUGAUAAUGGUAUUCAAUUGGCCUUGGCUCGUCAACCACAUACAGUAAUUUUCUAUCCAAUAUCAUCAUUAAUUUAUUGUGCAAGUCUUCGUUUUUCUGUUAUUGAACAUGAUCAAACAUCAUCAAUUGAUUGGCGUUUUACAACAUUAGAUCCAAAACGAAAAAAUCGAAGCAAACAUCCACCUUUAUUUUGUUUUGUUGUACAACGUACACAAGUUUCAUCAGGUGAUGAAUGUCAUUGUUUUAUAACAAAAGAUGAUGAAUCAGCAUUAGCACUUGUUCGAACAAUAUCAGAAAUUUAUGCAAAUGUUAAAUCGAAUUUUAAACUUUUAAAAUCACCUAUUUUCUAUCAGUUAGAUCGUUAUGGACGAAAACUAAGUGAAACAAAUGGAAUUAUUUAUAUAUCACCAGCUAUCGAUGAUGAACAUCAAUCAAAUCAAAUUACAGAUCUUAAUGAUUCUAUAUCAUCAUCAAUAAAUCGAAAUUAUUUAUUAGAUCCAUCAUCUGAUGGAUUUUUUUAUCGUACAAAUGCAAGUAUUAUUGAACAAUGGCAAUUAUGGGAUGAUAUUGAUGUAAAUAAAUCUCGUCCCCGUCCACCAAAUUCACCAUUUGGAUUACAUCAAGGUCUUUAUCAUGAUGAUUUAUCACAAGAAAUGCAUCAAUAUUUAAAUCAUAUGGAUAAUGAUAAAGAAAGUUCAAGUUCUUGUAGUUGUUCAAGUUCAUCAAGUUCAAUAAUGAAAUAUGAUCGACAUCAUCGUAAAGAAUUAUACGUUAGACAUGAUGUAGAUCAAUCGAAUACAACAAGUUCUCAUUCACAAACAAGUUCAUUUGAUCCAUAUUCAGUACAUAAUAAUAUGGAAAUCAAAAGAUUACAACAAGCACCGAUUGUUAUUGAAAAAGUUCUUCCUAAUCCAAUGAUAAUGAUGCCUGAAAAACGUUCAAAAUAUAUCUUAGAACAAUCUCAAGAAUCAUUUGAUUAUUCUACUCCUAUACAACAAGAAAUACACAUUGAUUAUAUUCCAGUUGGUGAUGCUUAUCAAAUAAAUCGACGAGGUGAAAAAAUUACAAAAGAAGGAAAUCGUAUUAUGUUUAUGGAUGUUAUUCAAUCCAAUCUAACAACAACUAAUAAUAUUGAAUCAAAAUCGAAUACACCACCAAAAUCUGAUAUAACUCCAAAAGCUCGUUCUCAUCGACGACGAACAACACAAAUACCAGUUAUUGAUCUUCAAUAUAUUCAAAAUUUAUGUAAUGAAAGAAAAUUUAAACAACGUCAAACAAGUAUUGAUAGUGAUGAAAAACCAAUAGAUGAUUAUCAUUUAACAACAUCGGAUAUGUUAGAAAUAGUUGAAGAAUAUUUUGAAGAUUAUAAAGGAAGAGAAAUUAAAUUAAAUAAUCGUGAUACACCAACAAUGCUUAAUCAUUUAGAAUUAUUAAAUAAAAAUGAACAUCAAGAAGAAAAUAAUUCGAUUAAUAAAACUUAUCAUCAUCGUCGUCGUCAAAAUCAUUCAAAAUUAAUUUCUGAUCCACCACUUAAUUAUGUCGAACGAUCUUCUAUUAAACCUAGAUCCAAACAAACAUUGACUGAUUCAAAACGAUCUAAUCCACAUGUACUUAAUAAUGAACAUGUAUCAAAUAUUUAUGGAACAUCUAAAAAGAAAUCUCGAUCAAUAAAAUCAUCUACAUUAUCAACAAAACAUCAUGAAUCUCAAAUAUCUAAUGAUACCAAUACUGUUGAUAUAACAAAUUCAGAUUAUAUCUCACCAUUUCGAUAUGCACAAAGUACUAUUAAUCCAUUAUUACUACGUGAAUAUCGUAAAACUUUUAAUGGAAUUUAA